GUGGCCCCUCAAUAACUCCAGUUCUCUCUUCCUGCUCAGAUCCAUGAGAACUUCACAGCUUCCAGAAUACGGGAUAGACGGUCCAUAUGGAACGAUUCCAGAUGUUCUCCCGCAAACGAAGCUUCACAUUUGGUGCAUAUGGAGGAAAGCCAGAGGAGACGGAGCCGUACAUUGUGGAUCCACCUAACAAACCAGCAGAGGAGAUGUCUCAUCCUCCGGCCUCUCACAGCAAGCCUGCCGACAUGUUUGAGAUGAUUGAGAAGAUGCAGUGUACCCGCCUGGAAGACCAGCGCUGUGUCCUCCCCUCCCCUAUGAAGAGAAAGGGAGGAGAAAAGCUGCACCCCGGCAUUCAGGAGGUACUAAGAAAAGGUCGACCUUUCCCCCUCCUUAUUGUGCCCCCAAAUGGUGGAUAUUGGAUAGAGGGCACGAACCACUCCUUGCCUUCUCCUGAAUCUGACCUCUCACCUCCAUAUGACAGAGUGCGAAUCCUUCAAUCCGAUCCCACGGCUCGAUUCUACAGAAAGCACUUUAUGGGCAAGGAACACUACAACUUCUGCACCCAGGACCCCCGACUCGGAGCCAUUAUUCUGUCUGCAAAACUGGAGCAAAAAGCGGAGAGGCUGCGACUAAUACUAAGAACCAAGUCUGGUACCAAACAUCAGGUCAUUGAAACGUCCAGCUUCCAGCAUUUCCCAACCGCGGUGCAGAUGGCGCAGGUCCUAUGUGAAGAAUUGUCUGUGGAGAGGUUCUUCCCAGUUCUCUACAUGAAGGCUUCUCAGCUCUUGGUGACUUUUGAUGAACACGUCAUGACCAAUAACUUCAAAUUUGGGGUCAUCUAUCAGAAACCAGGACAGGUCACGGAGUCGGAGCUCUUCAAUAACACAGAGGAGAGUUUGGGCUUCUCAGAAUUUAUCAACUUCCUGGGAGAAAAGAUCCAACUACAACAUUUUAAAGGGUUUCGCGGGGGUCUGGACGUGUCUCAAGGUCAGACAGGAACAGAGUCUGUGUACACCAUGUUCCGUGGUCAUGAGAUCAUGUUCCACGUGUCAACAAAACUUCCCUACACCCCGGGGGACACUCAGCAGCUUCAGAGAAAACGUCACAUCGGGAAUGAUAUCGUCUCAUUGGUGUACCAGGACGAUGGCUCAAUAUUCUCACCCGAUAUGAUAACGUCCCAUUUCCUCCAUUGCUUCGUUGUCAUCCAGUCCUGCAGAAGCCACAGCGGCGAUACUCUGUACAAGGUGAGACUCUUUUCUGUGACCUUAGGAGGAUCAGCUUUUGAAAACCCAGCUGUGUUUCAAAAGAACCAGCAGUUUCGUGAAUUCCUUCUCACCAAGCUGAUUAAUGCUGAGGUCAGCUGCUACAAAGCGGAGAGGUUCUCCAAGCUGCAGGAGCGGACACGCAGCUGCCUCAUGUACACACUGUAUGAAGAGCUCUGUCUGCACAGUCAGACAGUCCUGGGGACGAUGGAAGAGAAUUCUGGGGACAAGAUGGAGAACUCAUCUAGUGGCUUCCUGGAGAACUUUAAAACCUUCUCUCUGUCUCUGCGGAGCCCCCAGCGCUCCCGUGACGCACUCUCACGUGGGUGUAGAAGUAGCAGCAUUGCGAUAGAGGGCGUCUCCGAGGAGAAAAGGAACCUGGCAAACCAAACUUUUGAGUUCUGCCGAAAGCCCAUGCCUUCGUAUUCCUCAUCCAAUAGCAGCAGCUUCUGCAGCGCACAAGGCAGCGAGAGCUCCCCGGAGGACAAGAUCAUGGACAACACCUUGAAAUAGUAGCUGAUGGCGUCA